GAAGCACUCGCGCCCCAGACCCCGGCGUGAUCAGUUUGGGGGCUGCCACCUUCAGCGAGCGCGGAGGUCGCACUCCUGUUUCGCGCUCCCAGCAUCCGCCGCCAUGGCCUGGACCAAGUACCAGCUGUUCCUGGCCGGGCUCAUGCUCGUCACCGGCUCCAUCAACACGCUCUCGGCAAAGUGGGCAGACAACUUCGUGGCCCCAGGCUGCGGAGGGAGCCAGGAGCACAGCUUCCAGCAUCCUUUCCUCCAGGCAGUGGGCAUGUUCCUGGGGGAGUUCUCCUGCCUGGCUGCCUUCUACCUACUCCGGUGCAGAGCUGCAGGGCACCCAGACACCAGCGUGGAUCCCCAGCAGCCCUUCAACCCCCUUCUUUUCCUGCCCCCAGCCCUCUGCGACAUGACCGGGACCAGCAUCAUGUAUGUGGCCCUGAACAUGACCAGUGCUUCCAGCUUCCAGAUGCUGCGGGGAGCAGUGAUCAUAUUCACAGGCCUGUUUUCGGUGACCUUCCUGGGACGGAGGCUGGCACUGAGCCAGUGGCUGGGUAUCCUCGCGACCAUCGCAGGGCUGGUGGUCGUGGGCCUGGCUGACCUCUUGAGCAAGCACGACAGUCAGCACAAGCUCAGCGAAGUGAUCACAGGGGACCUGCUGAUCAUCAUGGCCCAGAUCAUCGUCUCCAUCCAGAUGGUGCUGGAGGAGAAGUUUGUCUACAAGCACAACGUGCACCCACUGCGGGCAGUCGGCACUGAGGGCCUCUUUGGCUUCGUGAUCCUCUCCGUGCUGCUGGUGCCCAUGUACUACAUCCCCGCUGGUUCCUUCAGUGGAAACCCUCGCGGGACGCUGGAGGACGCGCUGGACGCCUUCUGCCAGGUGGGCCGACAGCCACUCAUCGCGCUGGCGCUGCUGGGCAACAUCAGCAGCAUCGCCUUCUUCAACUUUGCAGGCAUCAGUGUCACCAAGGAACUGAGCGCCACCACCCGAAUGGUGCUGGACAGCCUGCGUACCAUUGUCAUCUGGGCACUGAGCCUGACGCUGGGCUGGGAGGCCUUCCACCCGCUGCAGAUCCUUGGCUUCCUCAUCCUCCUGACAGGCACAGCCCUCUACAACGGGCUGCACCGCCUGCUCCUGAGCCGCCUGUCCAGGGGCCGGCCCCUGGCAGAGGAGGGCGAGCGUGAGAGACUGCUGGGGGGCCCUCGGACUGCCAUUAACGAUGCCAGCUGAGCCUCCUGCUCUACUGCCACCUGGACGCUCCUUGUUCACCCUGAGGCUGAGGCCACGUGGGCUGGUGAACCUCAAGUGCCCUGCCCCCGAGGCCUCACCCUGCACCCUCCCCACAGACCCCCCCCCGCCCAGGGCAGCUGCUGCCACAGAAGAUGACACAACACCCAGGUCCUCCUUUGUCACCACCCCAUUCAGGCCUGAGCGCAGUGCCCGAGCCCCAGCAGGCUUCCCCAGCCCCUCCUGCAACACUAGAGCUAAAUCAUGGAGUAGAAUUGCAGGAACCAACAGCCCUAGGGUUUCCUCCUAAAUCAUUAGCUAAAUGUGGUUCUCCCAAGAAGAGAGGUCACUGAGCAAAUUCUAAUAGAACUAAGCACCACAGUUUCUAAAACUUGUAAGAUACUCCCUAAGCCUGUCUUGGAACCGAGGUUUCAGCCAGGGCCUUGCCGCAAACUCAGUGUGUGCUUCCCAGCCCUGUACCUGGUCACUCUGGGCCUUGGCAUCCUGCUCUGCAGAAGGUGUCCACGGUGUGGCUUCCGUGCCUUCCGGCCCACCUGGGCCCAUUCUGCAGGCCUGUGGUUUUGACCAGCCUGGGGAAGGAGUGACAGCCUGUUUAUUGAAGAUGCCCCCUGCCCACUGCCCUCCUCCCCACGCCUGCUCUGGAAUCCUUGCUCACACCUUGAAGUCCUCCCCACCUGGGAGAAGUUACGGGGGGAUUUCCAGGCAGCCCUUGAUAAUAGCUUUUAUGAACUCUUCACCUUCCAUUUUAAAGAUGAGGAAACUUGAGUCCCAGAGUUAUAAGUUGUUUGGCAAAAGGGCUCUCCUGCCAUGGGCUCUGGCUGUGCAGCCACACGACCAGGCAGUCGGCUGGGUUGCAGAGCACGUCUGGGGUUCUGCCUCACCGCAGCAACCCGGCAGACACCAUGGAGAACCCUCUAGGGUGAUGGGUUUACCGGGAGUCUACCGUUGAGAGUGAUGCUGGUAUCAAAGGCGUUAUGUUAAGUGCUUAGCUUUCAUUCUCUUGCAUCACAGCGUGCACAGGUGGAUGCAGGUGAGAAAAGUGUGGCCCGGAGAAGGUCAAGUGACUUCCUCCUGAAGCCGGUAUUUCAAGCCGGGUCUGCCUGAUUCCAAACCUGUGGGCCCGCUUACCGUAAGAGUCUCUGAGAUCUUUUGGGGGUACUUCCUGUGGCUGGGAGAGAGGCAUCCCGUGCUGUUAUCCUCCCAGUAACCCCACCCUGAAGAGAGGGGACUGGCAGCAGGGACCCCAGGGAGCUGAGCGGCCCUUCACCCCAGUGGGGUCCUCUCUCUGUGGCAGGUCACUUUCCUGGGCCGCUCAAUCGUGAAACAAAUACCGAAUGGCUUCCGUAAAGUAGAUCCUGGGAGAAGGGAUCUCUGACAAGCAAAGCCGUCGGGCUGUGGGAAUCCAGCAGGUUCUUACCAUCGGGAGAGAAAGGCCUCUCCGUCCCACCAGCUCCGAGUCUCGGGGAGCCCUGAGCUCCUCUGGGCCACGGUGUGUGUCACGGGAAGAAGGAAAUGGAGAUCGAGGGUGGUGGGUGCUAUAGCUGCUUUGUCCAAAAAACUGGGGCCUUACAGUGUUGUUUCAGGCUUUUGAUUUUUAAAAAGCAGAGGGGAGUUGGCAGUGUGGACUUUUUUCUUUAAUGAGAGGGAAGGAGCACAAGGGUUAGGACAUUCCUGGAGGUUAAGUCUAGAACGUUGGAUGGAAAAGCUGUAAAGUACCAAAGCACAGAAAUCGCGUGUGGAUUUUAGCAUUGAAGGGUUGGGGGGAUUAUAAUGGGACUUCAGUGGUGAGAGGAGGCAGAGGAUGGGGAGGGGACUUAUGGUCAGGCCUGCCACCCACUCCGGCAACUCGCUUUAUCUCCUGGAGCUUUAGGUCUUCACAUCUCUAAAAUGGGGAAGCCUGCAUCUCACAGGAUGGCUGUGAAUAUUACCUAAGAUAUAAAUGGAAGGUGGCUGUAAAUGCCAACGUACAGUGGAGCGUCCUGUAAGGUGGCACUGCACACCAGGGUGGUCUGUCAGGCACUGAAGUCCCAGCAGAGCCAUGGUGGGGAGCAUCGGUUUUGCUAGGAGGGGGAGAAAUGUUUCGUUAA